CCCAUUGGACACCGCCACACCAGAUCACGCUCCGUACGACGCUAAUUACGCGCGUACUUUACACCCCAAAACGGCAACGACAGACUCCAAUCCAAAGGCCACACCUCCUCACUUUUCUUUCGUUCUAACAGAGGAAGAGAGAGAAGUUGAAGAAGCAGAAGAAGAAGAAGAAGAGAAGAGAAGAGAAGGGUGUGUGUGAGUGAGUACAGUACUCUCUUCUAUCUUUCCUCCAAUCAUCUUCUGUCUUCUUUCAACGGCUCAGAUUGGAUUUCCUUCCUCCCGAUCCUAAAUCUUGGCCGUUGAUGAGGAAAGAGAAAAAGUUGAUGAAACACCGUUCCUUCGUCCAACCUGGACUUUCCAUCUCACUCAGACGCACUCUACUGCCCCUCCGAACGCCAUGAAACCAACAAAUUUGUGGGGAUCAGGUGCUUCAUAGGCAUCAUCAUCAUCAUCAUCAUCAUUAAUCAAUUGGAAAGGUGAUCUAGUAAUUGAAUCUUCAACUAAGCAAGAGUUUUAUUUGAUAAGCACGAUGGGUACUGGGGAAGAGAACGCAGCUUCUAAGACUUCAAAACCAGCAUCUUCAAGUCAGGAAAUUCCAACUGCACCUUCUUAUCCUGACUGGUCGAGUUCUAUGGCUUAUUAUACUGCCGGUGCUACUCCACCGCCCUUUUUCGCCUCAACAGUUGCUUCUCCGACUCCUCAUCCUUAUCUCUGGGGAAGCCAGCAUGCUCUAAUGCCACCAUACGGAACCCCAGUUCCUUACCCAGCUAUAUAUCCACCUGGGGGAGUUUAUGCCCAUCCUAAUAUGGCCGCUACUCCUGUGUCAAUGCAGGCAAAUCCUGACUUGGAGGGGAAGAGCACAGAUGGCAAAGACCGAGCUUCUGCCAAGAAGUCGAAAAUAAAUUCUGGCAGUACAGGACUUGCUGGUGCUAAGGCUGGGGAGAGUGGAAAAGCAACUUCAGGUUCAGGAAACGAUGGUGCUUCACAAAGCGCUGAAAGUGGUUCCGAGGGUUCAUCAGAUGCUAGUGAUGAGAACAACCAACAGGAGUUGUCUGGUAGCAAGAAAGGAAGCUUCGACCAGAUGCUUGCAGAUGGAGCCAAUGCUCUGAAUAACUCUGCUGGUUCCAUUUUGCAAGCUUCAGUGUCUGGGAAACCUGUCGGCUCAAUGCCAGCAACCAACCUGAACAUCGGAAUGGACCUAUGGAAUGCACCUUCUGGCGGCAGUGGAGCCACAAAGCUGAGACCAAAUCCAUCAGGUGCCUCGUCAUCUGCUGCUUCUGCAUCGAUGAUUGGACGCGAAGGUGUGAUGCCCGACCAAUGGGUUCAGGAUGAACGUGAACUAAAAAGACAGAAGAGGAAGCAAUCCAAUAGGGAGUCUGCUAGGAGGUCAAGAUUACGAAAGCAGGCUGAAUGUGAAGAGCUACAAGCAAGGGUGGAGACCUUGGGCAAUGAGAAUCGCUCUCUCAGAGAAGAGCUGCAGAAGCUUUCAGAGGAAUGCCAGAAACUUACGUCCGAAAAUGGUUCUAUCAAGGAUGAAUUAACACGAUUGUGCGGACCAGAAGUUGUAGCGAAUCUUGAACAUCAUCAAGCUCGUAGUGGCGAAAGCAACAGUUAAACACAAAAAAAAAAAAAAGAAAUAGUCCACGCAUUGUGCUUAUUAUGGUUAGAGUAGAAAUUUAAUCAAAACUACGGGAAACAGUGGCUUCAAUUGAGCAUAGAACACUUAUUUUUCGCUACUAAUUUACAUCCUUUUAACAACCCCUCCCAUCUUUGUAACUGUAACUUUAAAUUGAGUUUAACUGAGCUGGAACAUAUUUUAAGUUUUGCGAUUUGCUGUAUCAUCAUGUAUCUGUGGGAAAAGAGAUAUAAAUAUAAAUAUAUAACAAGAGACCAGUAAUCAGACAUUUGUAAUUUCAUGUUA